AUGGAUCACACCAACAUCGGCAUACCUUGCGAGAUACAGCUAUUUCAGAGCUGUUGCCGUGAGGCCGAGCGGGCUGCCAUUGUGGCCGUCGCGUUAGAUCAACUACGGGAGGCGCUCCCGGAGUCAUUUCACGGCCACCUUAUCGCCUUGGCUGGGGAAAUUCGGGACUCCAGCAGGCGGCUCCGCGAUCUUGCCAAUCAUUCCCAGUCUCAUAUCGAACGCGUCCCUCUCGUCCUCAACUACUUGAAUAUUAUUUUACCAUGCCUGUGUCGUACCCUGAACGAUAUCAUGGGUUACUAUGACGACAGAACACUUGCUCGGGAAAUCCGGUGGCGGAAGAUGUACAACAAGAUGACAGAAGAAGCCGGGGGUAUUCCGCUUCCCCAGCGUUUCGUGCUUUACAACAACUUUCUGGUCAUGUUAGGGUACCUUCUUAACAGGUCUCCGAGCUUCGAUCCAAAUACACUCGAGACGCUCCGUGGCCAUCUUGUUGAGUUGAGGGAGAAACGAGGGAUUCCACCAUUGCCACAGCAAGUUGGCUCCAUCAGUCCUGCCGACAUAGUACCUUCUUUGGCAACUCUUACCGAUCCAGUCUGUAUCGGCCUCCAGUCUGAUUCACCAGCUUGGAUGCUAACUACACAGGAUCAGAAUGCGCAUUGGGCCGAACAAAUAUUCUCGCUCCCACUAGCUUCUCGAACUGUGCUCAAACAUGUAAAACCGUCAAAGGCAUGCGGCCCAUUCUUUCGACGGGAUCAACUUGCCAUACCUCCAGAACCCAAAGUUCUCUUCCGGCGGCCUUUCGAUAACGAUAAGACGUCUGUGGUGGCGUACCUCAACCCGAUCGACCAAGCCCCCUACCUUCUUAUCCGCAGUCUCCAGGGUGAAGUAGCCUGGUUCUCGUCCUAUGGGGUCCACGAGCUUUGUAUCGGGCGCGAAGGCAGCGCGUUGCAGCUUAAACGCUGGAGCCGGUCGGAACAAUGUAGCAAGCUGUGGGCGGCGUUUUACUUUAUCACAUGGGAGGAGAUGGUACUUUUCUACUGCACGUUUGUCGCGCUCAAGGCUCGCAACAGGCUAACCAUCCAAAUUCAUCCAACCGAGUUCCAAUUACAAAGAGAGAAGCGGCUCUUCCAAGCGCAAAUCGUGGACGAUGGGUACAAGCACUCGCUAGUCGUGUACGAGGAUCAGCAAACUCAUGGUGUUCGUCUUCAUGCUGCAGUAUGGGAUGGUGAACUAAAGCAAUGUCCGGUUUGGACCGCAUUUGUAACGGCUCAGUCACAGUCUUCGACAUGGAUCAGUCGGCGUUCCAAGCAUCGUGUUUGGUUGAGAAACAUACAGCUUUAUGUCUUUUGCAAGAACUACCGACAAGAGGUUCAGCGGCAAAAUAAGUCAAAUGCAUUCGAGAUAUAUUUUGUAACAGAACAAGCUAAUAUUGGUUCUAUCUGGGGCAUAGGCGCAUCCAAGUUCAAAGAGGUCUUUUCAGCUAUGGAGGUAUCCGGAGGCUCAUCUGAGACCCCAGAGACCGCCACAGGUCCAUCGGGGGAAUAG